ACUUUCCCUUCCUCGCUUCUGAUUCCUCAUGCUUACAAACGACGAGGAUCAAGGUGUCUGCCUGCCGUGAGAGCUGACUGGAUCCGUCAAUUGUCUGACAGCUCGGGUUCAUGACAAGCAGAAAGCGAGUCCUUUCGACGUUGAGGGUGUGAUCGUCAAAGUGGUUAGUGAUCAAGGGUACUUAGCAACAGAGACUAAAUCAAUGAAAGAGGAACAAACACACUUUACAAAAUCAGGAAAAUGACUGCCUUGAGCCUCGAGGAAGGCUCCAACUUCAACGUCAAUGUCAAUCACAAUGGGUCAAGUCACCAUACCCGCGCUGUCUCUGACAGGCCUCCACCACGGAAACGGAGGAGGAUAGUCAUUUCUUGCACAGAGUGUCACCGGAGGAAACAGAAGUGUGACCGCAAACUCCCUUGUACAAACUGCAUCUCGCGCCAUAGACAAGAUGAUUGCCAGUAUGAGUCUGGAGCUCCCACUGUCAAACAAAAACAAUGGCAUCAGCAGCAGCCAAAGCGAGCACAACGGACCAGCUCCAAUGAGACUGAAAUAGUGAGUCCCGGAGCCAGGCUCGAUGAGAAUAGGGGUAGCAGCAUUACGGAGGGACACUGGUCAGGGGAAUCCUCCACCGAUGACAACAAUGACCACCAACACAUCGCCUCCAACGUUGCCAACGUCGCCAACCUCGGCUACUCGACCACCGGCGCUUCAACCUCCACCCUCAGUUUCAUUCACAAAAUCGAGACUCACUCCGAGUCAUCCUCAAUACCUCACCCAUCCUCCACACUCCCACUGUCCAACGCGGAUGGCCGAGCAUCAACAUCGCCAACUGACAUUGUCAAUCGCUACAAGUCUCUGAUCCGUCAGCUACCGGCGAGAAUAUACAUCGAGAGACUGGUCGAUGUUUACUUUCGGGAUUUCAACUGGCAGUACUCCAUGCUGGAUCGAGACAUAUUCGAUGCUCAGUUGGAAGAGUGGUAUAAAAUCCCUUUUAACGUGUUCAAUAAUGGGGGCCCGGGGGCAAUACCGCCGGAUUUGAGGGUGUUUCCGGCGUUGUUGUUUCAAGUUAUGAGUAUAGUCAUGUUGAUUUUGCCUGAGAAGACUGGGAAGCGGGGUCGGGAGGAGGUGGUAACGGAUGGUAGGGAUGAGGAGGGCAGUGGCAGUGGCAGUGAAAAGAGAAAAGUUGGGAGUAGGGGGACGGCAAAUCUGGGAGACAAAGGAGGUGUGGAUUUUGAGGCUCUCAAGUACACUGGAAACAUGACGUUUGAGGACCUAGCGAAGGAGUACAGUGAGUCUGGUGUGGCUAUUUUGUCACUGCUGGGCAAACGGCAGAUGACACUGACGACAGUUCUCGCUGGGUUCGUGAGGGCUGCGUUUCUGAAGUUUGUUGCAAUGGUUCCCGAAGCUUGGCACGCAAUAGGCACCGCCAUCCGCGACGCCCAAGAACUCGGCCUCCACCGCUCCUCUCUCGACCCUCGUCCUCCCCCUUCCGCCACCGCCGAAACCAUUCUCCAAAACCAAUGGGAAAUCCAACGCCGCCGCAAAGUUUGGUUAAUUCUUGUAACCUGGGACAUCCACUGCGGUGCUACGCUUGGCCGGCCCUCCACCAUCGACCUAACCACCAACCCGCCCAUCCUGCCCAUCGACGUUGCUCUUCCCACCACCACCGCCACCACCAUGACCACCAACUGCCGCUCUCCCACACCCAUCAUUCCCCGCUCCGAAGAAAACGACCCCCCAACACCCCUCACCCGCAUCCUCUGGACCUACAAAAUCACCCUCCAACUCGUCUCCAUCCUGGCCCUAGAGAAAGAAGGUCCCUGCCCAGCGUCCUUCUCCAAAGUUGAUCUCCUCCAUCAACACCUGGUAGACCUCGAAAACUCCAUCCCUUCCUACUUCCGCCUACACAACCCCGACACCCGCUUCGACUCACUGCCCCAAUGCUACUGGAUCCCCUGGGCCCGCGCCCUCCUGCCGCAGCUGACCGCCUUCAACUUCAUGGCCUUGCAUCGUCCGUAUAUCUUUACCCGCCCCUUGUCGCGCCAUCUAGCAGUCGAAAGGGGGUGUUUGGCCAUGCUGAGAGCGCAACGAACGCAUUUUGAAAUUUUGCGACGGGAGAUGAGGCAGAAUACGUUUACCUUGUUUUUUGGCACGUUUGAUGCGAUUGUGUUGAUGGGGGCUGUGUAUAUUCUUUUUCCUCCGAAGGAAAAGGAAACGGGGACGGGGGAAAUGGUGGGGGAGGUGGUGCAGCAGUUCAAGUGGGCGGAGGAGCGGUUUGAGGAGAUGAAGGAGCGGAAUAAUCCGUUGGCGAGACAGGCGAGAGGGGUGGUGAGGGGGGUUGGGGAACGGUUGGGGCGGGCGGUGGGUGUUGAUUUGGGGCAGAAAGGCGUGGGGGUUGGUCUGGUAUCAGAAGGUACAGUAGCGGUUAAUAAGCCUACCGCUGUUGCCGUUGGUGGGAGAAGGAAAAGACUGGCGAGGCAGAGGGUUGUCAAGUCUGUUACCACGGCUGCUCAAAAUGGGCUCUCGACGGCUUCCUUGUCAACGUCAGUACCAUCGGGUAUCGCCUCCAGAGCAAGCUCGACCACCACACCUGCCACCGCUACCUCGACAACAACAACAACAACGGGAAUAACAACUCCAGAAUCUACCGCGCCUCCGUCUUUCGCACAAGGGCACUUUGGUGCAGCAACAUCCGAGAUCAACACCAACACGACCAUCACAAACAACACCUUUGAUGCCUCUACUACCUUUUCAUUCACCAACACCGCAACCGAGGCUAUCCCCAUCGACCCGAGUCUCAAUCCAGCCCUGUCCCCGGGAGUCGCAGAUUGGGCCGCCGCCGCUUCCACUAUUCCCUCCAUAUCCCUCCCGUCUCUCCCCGACGACUUCAACUGGACCGACAUCUCCCCUAUUUACGCGACGGGAGACCUGGUCUAUAACGAUCUAACGGGUUUUGUAGUGGUGAUGGUGGUGGUUAUGAAAAUGGGUUGGGAGGAGUCGGCUUAG